AUGCCGUUGUCUGCGGCGUUACGCUAUCCGAGAUCCACGACGGCAUGCAACCGCGGGGCGCCUCGUCUGCGGCGGGCGGCGGCGACACCCUAUUCCAGAUCCAUGGUGGCAUGCAACGGCGGCGCGCCUCAUCUCUCUCCACCCUCGCAGUGGUCAAAGCCGCAGAGGAGAGAAGAGAAGAGAGGGAGGAGUGGAAGGGAGAGUUGGUCGACGGGGAUUCUGGACGGCGCUAGAGAGUAG